AUGUCUUUGCAAAUGGCAGAUAGCUCAGUAAAGCAUCCGAGGGGUAUUGUUGAGGAUGUUCUAGUAAAGGUGGACAAAUUCAUCUUCCCUGCAGAUUUUAUUAUUCUUGAUAUGGGGGAAGAUGAAAAUAUUCCAAUUAUUUUUGGAAUGCCAUUUUCAGCAACUGCUAGGGCCUUAAUAGAUUUGCGAAAAGGUGAGUUGAAGUUACGAGUGCAAAAAGAAGAUGUAACAUUUAAUGUUUUUGCAGCAACAGAGGUUCCAAUUUGUUGUAGAGUUGAUGUGGUGGAAAGUGAGGGUGAUAAGCUGGAAGUUACUAAGAAGAAGUCCAUGGUUAAAGGUGGAAAGCGAGCAGUUCGUUAG